AUGUGCCUGGCAUGGACGCCCUCACCAUUGCACAAAAAGCUAUGCGGAUCGCAGCGGAUGCCUGCAUAUACACAAAUCACAAUACGUCCACGCUGCGCAUCGAUCAGGAUGGGAAGAUUACAGAACUGUCUGCUCCAGCGGACAACCAAUCCUCUUGAGGCCUACCAGCACCAAUGCAGAUUGCUCUGCAGGGGGCCCCAGCAGUGUGUUUUCCACUCCCCAGUCUCGAUGGCCUGCACAACUGUUAUUGGACGGGAGUAA